AUGACCUGUUCGAGUAAUCAAUUAUACGAAUUUAUUAUGAGCAGUAGUGGUUAUGGUUAUGGUGGCCAAAGUUUCAAUAACGGCUACCAGUAUGUAAACGAUUCUCAACAAGGCAAGAAUUGGAGCGGGGGAGAUGCUGCAGCCAAUACGCAUGUCCCCCCUCCGGUUGUAAGAGCCAGUACUGAUGCACAGCCACAACACGAAUCGCGUUAUAUUCCUCCACAUCUGCGUCAUGCGACCGCACCUGAUUCGAUUCCCGAAGGAGGACCAGCACCUGACACCUGGUCACGUGGACAACAGCAGUACCAGCGUGGUGGUGGGGGUCAGGGUGGAGCGCCACGCGGUGGAUAUGUCGGUGGUGGAGGUGGUUCGAUGAGAAAGAGUCAAAGCUUUACAGGAAUGCAGCAACCGGGUGGAGCGCCACGCGGUGGAUAUGUCGGUGGGGGUGGUUCGAUGAGAAAGAGUCAAAGCUUUACAGGAAUGCAACAACCGCACAAUGAAAUUGGGGGACAAAAUUGGAACAGUGGACAAGGCGGCGGUUUUGAGUAUCAGCCGACUUUGGGCGGUCAACCAGGUCGUGGUCGAGCUGGAUUCGGACCACCGACCGGUGGGUUCCGCAGCGGUACUGGGGGACAUUCGCGUGGACGUGGCGCAUCGAACAGAGGAGACGGCGGUGACUUUGGGGGUGGUCGUGGAAUGGGUCCACGUCCCAAUUAUUCCGGAAGAUAUUCAUAUGACAGACGAUGGCCGAACGGUGCAGGUGCUUACACCUCUUACGGACAGUCACCAACCCGUCUAUUGCGUACCGCUGACCGAUCAAAGCCAGAUGUUUUCAUUCGUGGUGGUUUAGGUGGUGGUGGGGUUGGGCGAUGUGCUAGAACGAUGCACGAUGAGCAGCAGUGGGGUUCACAGCAUCAAGGAGGUGGUGGAGGAUUCAGACGUCAAGAGAACGACGUGCCUGAAAAUCCUCGUUGGGCUGCUCUCCGUGAUCCAAUUCCGGAACGUGUCCCCAAAUGGACCGAACAAUUACCGCGCGAUGAGCGUCUUGAAUCAGAGCUAUUUGCCGGUAUGAAUUCUGGAAUCAAUUUCGACAAAUACGAAGAGAUCCCAGUGGAAGCAACUGGACAAGACUGUCCACCACCGAUAUCGCUCUUCGGUGAUCUGAAAUUGCAUCCGUGGAUCGAAGAGAAUAUCAAAAUGUCUGGUUACGGUCGUCCCACACCCGUACAGAAGUACUCAAUUCCGACACUGAUGAACAAUCGUGAUCUGAUGUCGUGCGCACAGACCGGAUCCGGUAAAACCGCGGCCUUCCUGGUGCCACUCAUCAACAACGUUCUCCAGGAUGGUCCUGAGGCAUUGUACCGUUCGCAAACACAACAGAACGGUCGUCGUAAGCAGUAUCCGGCCGCACUGAUCCUGUCACCAACGCGUGAACUCUCUCUACAAAUCUACAACGAAUCACGCAAGUUCGCCUAUCGCACACCGAUCACUUCAGCGCUUUUAUACGGUGGUCGUGAGAAUUAUCGUGAACAAAUCAAUAAACUUCGUUUGGGUGUACACAUUCUGAUCGCUACACCGGGCCGUCUCAUUGACGUGAUGGAACAAGGUUAUAUUGGCUUAGAUGGUUGCCGUUUCUUGGUUCUGGAUGAAGCCGACAGGAUGUUGGAUAUGGGUUUCGAACCACAGAUUAGACAGGUAGGUACAUUGAUGAUUGUUGAGUUUGAUUUGGAUUCAGUAUCGUUUAGGUUUCGAUUAGCUUCAGUGGAUGUUUAUCUGGUGGCACAGAUAUCGUUUGGCGAGCAACCAACAGCGUUGACGUUAGUAUUCGUGGAGACGAAACGUGGCGCAAGCGAUUUGGCCUAUUACCUACAAAGAGACGGUUACAAUGUGGUAGCAAUUCAUGGCGAUUUGAAGCAGUUCGAUCGCGAGAAACACUUGGAAACGUUCAGAUCUGGCGUUGCACCUAUACUCGUUGCUACUGCUGUAGCGGCUCGCGGUUUGGAUAUUCCAAACGUUAAACACGUGAUCAAUUAUGAUUUGCCAUCAGACAUCGAUGAAUACGUGCACAGAAUCGGUAGAACUGGACGUGUGGGCAAUGUUGGUUUGGCCACUUCAUUUUUCAACGACAAAAAUCGCAACAUCUCACGUGAUCUAGCUGAACUGAUCGUUGAAGCAAACCAAGAAUUGCCCGAAUGGCUCGAGAAGCUGUCUGCAGACGCACAACGAUACGGUUCGAGAGGGGGACGUGUUAAGGGCGGAGGGCGAUUUGGUGCCCGUGACCAUCGUGUUCAGUACACCGGUAGUAAUCCAAAUCCAAAUUCACAACAUCGUUCCAAUGGCUCAAGCUAUGGUCCAUCCGCAAUGAGCAAUCAGUGGAAUCAACCGCAACGUGCCGCCGCACAGAGGAUACCACCCCAACAGGUUCACACACACCUUUUGCUGAAUUAUUGA